AUGGCCAUGGGCGAGCAUCCGCGUCGCUCACGAGCUGCCCAUCCAGAUCUGUCUCCGUCUCCAAACGCCGACCAGAUCUGGCCGGACGAUGAUGACGACGGCCAGGACGAGAGUUGGCGUCGCUAUGAGCCAGUGAGAGAAGAAAACAGGCCGGUGAAGAGUGGCUGGCCGGUGAUGCUGAUAAUUUUCUUCUUCGUCCUUCUUCAACUUUGUACUCUGCCGGUGGUGACAUUGGGGGAGGCGCGGGCCGAAAGCGUUCAGGCAUCAUCGGCGUCGGUCAUCUAUAUACUGAUGCUAUUGAGAUAUGAUUGCACAUAUGAGGGCAAAAGCAAUAAACCUAUUACGAAAAUCAUCACGGUCGGCGUUCCUAUUGGCGAAUGCGUGCUUCUCUUCAUCUCUUGUUGUUGUUUCAGUUGGAGGAAAGCGACCAAAACGCAAAUAGCAGACCUUAUUGAAAUGACAAAAGCAGAGUCCCUGCAGUAUGAUUUAGCUACCAUAAGAGACGCCACGGACAAUUUCUCUAAUCAAAACAAGUUGGGUAUGGGCGGAUUUGGUGAUGUUUUCAAGGGUAUGCUUCCUAAUGGACAAGAAAUAGCCGUGAAGAGGCUAUCUCAAGGCUCGCAACAAGGUGAUGAAGAAAUUAAGAACGAAGUCAAGCUAUUAGUGAAGCUUCAAUAUCGAAACCUUGUGUGGCUAAUCGGGUUCUACUCGGAGGAUGAAGAAAAACUGUUUGCCUAUGAGUUUGUGUAGAAUGAAAGUCUCAACUAUUUUUUAUUUGGUAUCAGGCAAUUGGACUAGUCAAAACAUUUCAAAAUAGCAUUUGGGAUUGGUUGAGGAAUUCUCUAUUUGCAUGAGGACUCUCGACUUUAGAUCAUCCAUCGCGAUCUAAAGCCGAGCAAUAUUUUGUUGGACAGUGAAAUGACCCCGAAAAUUUGCGAUUUUAUCAUUGCAAGGAUUUUCGAAAUCAAUCAAUCACGGGCAAACACUAGGAAAAUUGUGGGGACUAUUGGUUACAUUGCACCUGAGUAUGCAACGCGUGGUCAAUUUUCCAUGAAAUCUGAUGUUUAUAGUUUCAGUGUUGUACUUCUUGAGCUUGUUAGUGGUAAGAAGAAUAGUUCAUUCUACCAAGCAGACGUGAGGAGGGAUUGCUGUCCAUAUCCCACCGUCAGAGAGACUUAUUCAGAGGAAGAAGUUCUUAAAUGCCUCGAGAUUGGUUGGCUCUGUACUCAGGAAGAUCAGAAUAAAAGACCCGCCAUGGCGACCGCAGUCCGUAAGUUGAACAGCCACCUUGCUCCUCUUGAGCUGUCCCAACAACCUGCCUUCUACCUCAACACUAACAGCACGGAGAGACCAAUGGCAGAGCUGGAACCGAUGGAAGAGGUGGAAUCGGACCAGCUAAAGAAGGGGAAACACAAGUUUUUCCUCAUGUAA